CUCGACCUUACUGCUUUGGGGUGUUUUAAAGAAACCACCCGCCUAGCUGCAAACCUCCACCGUGACUCCUCCGCUGACGUGAACAGCUUACUGGCCCGCCCAACUUUGCUACUUUAGCUAGACGUAAUAAUGACCACUCGAAUUGCUCCAGGAGUGGGAGCGAAUUUGCUAGGCCAACACUCGGCUGAGAGGAAUCAGGAUGCCACUGCUUACGUCGGCAAUCUUGAUCCUCAGGUGACUGAGGAAUUGCUGUGGGAGUUAUUUGUUCAAGCAGGCCCUGUUGUUAAUGUGUAUGUUCCAAAGGAUAGAGUAACAAAUCUUCACCAAGGAUAUGGAUUCGUCGAAUUCCGGAGCGAAGAAGAUGCUGACUAUGCAAUUAAAGUUUUGAAUAUGAUCAAGCUUUACGGGAAGCCAAUACGUGUAAAUAAGGCGUCGCAAGAUAAGAAGAGCUUGGAUGUAGGAGCGAACCUCUUCAUCGGAAACCUUGACCCUGAUGUUGAUGAGAAACUUCUGCAUGAUACUUUCAGUGCUUUUGGAGUUAUAGUUGCAAAUCCCAAGAUAAUGAGAGAUCCUGAUACUGGAAAUUCACGUGGAUUUGGUUUCAUCAGCUAUGAUUCUUUUGAGGCAUCUGAUGCAGCAAUUGAGGCAAUGAACGGUCAGUAUCUUUGCAACCGUCAGAUAACAGUUUCAUAUGCAUAUAAGAAAGAUACUAAAGGAGAGCGCCAUGGUACCCCAGCAGAGAGAGUUUUGGCUGCAAGCAAUCCGAGUUCCCAAAAGAGCAGGCCGCACACUUUGUUUGCCAGUGGGCCUCCAACUCUUCCAAGCAUGCCUCAAGCCAAUGGUACAGUUGGUGCACCAGUUCCUCCACGCCCAUUUGCAAAUGGUGCUGUUGCUCCAGCUCCAAUUCCAGCACUCCGCCCACCACCCCCACCAAAUGCAGCCUUCCCUGCAAUGCAGGUAGCUGGACAACCAGCUUGGCAGGCUCAGCCCCCACAGCCAGGUCAAACGAUGGCGCCACUAGGUAUUCCUCCACCUCCAAUGCAAUUCAGGCCACCACCUCCAAACAUGCCACCUCCCCAGGCAGCUCAAGUCCUCCAAAGGCCUCCCCCACAGCAAAUGGGAAUGGGAAUCCAACCACAAGUGUGGCGGCAGCCACCACCUCCACAGCAGUUGGUUGGUGGACUCCUAACGCAACAAAUGAUGAUGCAACCACCUCCCCCACCCAAUGCACCUCCACCACCACCUCCAUCAAGUUGAAGAUUAGAGCAGUUAUUCCUUAUGCUGUCCAUAACACCAGCUGUUAUCUUAGGUGUUUCUUGUAUCAUCUGUUGCUUCAAUUUGGACAAUAAUAUGCUAUAAUCAUCCUUGAAUGAGCUGAUAUGACGGAAUGUUUUGAUUUUUGAGACGGAACUUUACAUGCUUCAACUUCAUAUUAUUUAAGUUGUAUCUAGAUGUUUUAUUUAUUUAGUUAUUUAUUUAGUUUUUGACUA